AUGUCAACAGGGACAACGGGUCUACCUCCGAAAUUUCCCAGUUUCCCUGCCUCAGUCCCUGAAAUCUAUAGCUUCCUCACCCCCCGCCACCGCCCUGAAUCCCUGGAUUACCCCCGUCCCCGUUUCCCCGCCCCCGUUUGGGUUAAUUUUUUUUGGGCGAACGAAGGUAGUAAUCCGUCAAUAUUCUCGAUUAAACUGUUUUAUAAUGGAGUUUUUACAAAGUUUCCUGAAAGGAGAUACAUAAAGGGAAAAGAAAAGUAUGUUGAUUUAGUGGACAUUGCCGAGUUCUCUGUUCAUGAUAUUGACGAAAUGACAGACAUCCUUGGCUGCGUGGAGGAAGGUAAGUCGUUGUAUUAUCAUUUCAAAAGACCAUUAUCAGAUUUGUACACUGGUUUGUUUGCUUUGGCUUGUGAUAGUGAUAUUAACCACUUGAGGACAUAUGUGGAGAAACAUAACCUUAUUGAAGUUUAUACAGAGCAUGAAGUUGAUCACUGUGGAAAACCCCCAUAUGAGCCUCAAUUUGAAGCACAAGGUUUUGAUCAUGAUAUGUUAUGGAAGUGUACAACUGUGCAAGAUUUUCACCAUGCAAUGGAAAAGCUCAAUAAAUUGAAUAAUGAUUGUUAUGAAUGGGUUAAAUAUAUUCCACCUCAGCACUGGGCUAGGUCACACUUCACAGGGAGGGUAUAUUGUGAUGGUCUUCUAAAGAAUUUGUGUGAGUCUAUUAAUAGUCAACUUCAAAAAGAACGUGAACAACCAAUCAUCACUUGCCUAGAAUUCAUUAGAGAGUACCUAAUGGUAAGGAUAGUCCUAGUGCAAAAGACUGCUAGUGGAAGUGCAUGUAAUGGUGGACCAAGCAGGAAAGGGAAGGCAGAUGGUGCAGGGAAGAAAGCAAAUGGUGAUAGGAAGAAAGCAAAUGGUGCUAGGAAAGGAGGAAAUCAGAUGGUGAUAGGAAGAAAGAUAAUGGUGUUGGGAAAAAAGAAGUUGGUGCUGGAAAGAAAGGAAAGAAUGUUGUUUGAAGAAGUAUUUUCUAGUAUGUAUGUUGUUUAA